AUGUCGCUCCUAGGGACAAUAAACUCCAACGUCACCGGCACACAAGACGUGCAGGAAUCACAUGUCGCCCACAUGGAGGCUCGCCGCCAUGAUCCCACGGACAGCGUGAGCACUGAUGACACUGCUAAUGAGAAGGGCGAGAUUGGCAGCGAGGAAUACGGCGAGGUUGAGGUCACCCGUCUGGCCCGGCAACUCACCCGUCAAUCAACACGUUUCUCCAUCUCAACCCACAAUGCAGAGAAUCCCUUCAUUGAAGUUCACGAGGACUCAACUCUCAACCCCAGCAGUGAGAACUUCAAGGCCAGAGAUUGGAUGAAGAACCUACUUGCCAUCCAAUCCCGCGACCCAGAACGAUACCCGAAGCGUCAGGCUGGACUAGCAUUCAGAAACCUCAGUGUGCACGGAUUUGGCAGUCCUACGGAUUAUCAAAAGGAUGUGGCCAACUCCGUUCUGGAAAUUGGGGCCUUGUUCCGCAAGAUCGCCGGCACUGGCAAGCAGAAGAUUCAGAUCCUCGACAAUUUCGAUGGUCUCAUUAAAAGCGGCGAGAUGCUGGUCGUUCUCGGCCGUCCUGGAUCUGGCUGUUCGACUUUCUUGAAGACCAUUGCAGGAGAGAUGAACGGUAUCUUCAAGGAUGCCAACUCUCACAUGAACUACCAAGGAAUAUCCGAUAAGCAGAUGCGCAACCAGUUCCGUGGUGAGGCCAUCUACACUGCCGAAACCGACGUGCAUUUCCCUCAGCUUUCUGUCGGAGAUACCUUGAAGUUUGCUGCUAUGGCUCGUGCCCCACGCAACCGCUUGCCGGGCGUCACUCGCGAUCAAUACGCAGAGCACAUGCGUGACGUCGUCAUGGCCAUGCUUGGUCUGUCGCACACUAUCAAUACUCAGGUCGGUAACGAUUUCAUCCGUGGUGUUUCUGGUGGUGAGCGGAAGCGUGUUAGUAUCGCCGAGGCCACCCUCUGCGGCAGCCCUCUCCAAUGUUGGGAUAACAGUACCCGUGGUUUGGACAGUGCCAAUGCCCUGGAGUUCUGUAAGACAUUGGGCUUGAUGUCUAAGUACUCGGGUACCACCUGUGCGGUUGCUAUCUAUCAGGCGUCCCAAAGUGCCUACGAUGUCUUCGACAAAGUGACUGUGCUAUACGAGGGCAGACAGAUCUACUUUGGCCGCACCACUGAGGCUAAGGAAUUCUUCACCACCAUGGGCUUUGAGUGUCCCGAACGCCAGACGACCGCCGAUUUCUUGACCUCUCUUACGAGCCCCGCUGAGCGAAUCGUCAAGCCUGGCUUUGAGAGCAGGGUUCCCCGUACCCCCGAUGAGUUCGCCACUGCUUGGAAAAACAGUGCCGCGUACAAGACGCUUCAAAAGGAGAUCGCCGAGUAUGAUCAGCAGUACCCUCUUGGUGGCGAGUCCCUCGACAAGUUUAUUGAGUCUCGCAAGGCAAUGCAGUCUAAGGGUCAGCGUGUCAAGUCUCCAUACACCCUAUCUGUUACCGAGCAGGUCCAACUCUGUGUCACACGUGGUUUCCAGCGUCUAAAGGGUGACUCCAGUUUGAGUGUGUCCGCCUUGAUUGGAAACACGAUUAUGGCAUUGAUCAUCGGUUCGGUUUUCUUCCAGUUGGAUGACGACGUGACCAGUUUCUACUCUCGUGGUGCCCUUCUCUUCUUCUCUGUUCUGCUCAACGCCUUCUCCAGUGCCCUGGAGAUCCUAACUCUUUACGCGCAACGCCCUAUUGUCGAAAAGCAAGCUCGCUACGCCAUGUAUCAUCCGUUCGCCGAAGCGAUCUCGUCAAUGCUCUGCGACAUGCCGUAUAAGAUCACCAACGCCAUCACUUUCAACAUCACACUCUAUUUCAUGACUGGUCUUCGCCAAACCCCCGGCGCCUUCUUCACUUUCAUUCUCUUCUCUUUCAUGACUACCCUGACCAUGUCUAUGGUUUUCCGUACCAUCGCUUCUUACUCCCGUACCCUGUCUCAGGCUCUGGUCCCUGCCGCUAUCCUUAUCCUUGGUCUGGUCAUCUACACUGGUUUCACUAUUCCAACCCGCAAUAUGCUUGGUUGGUCUCGCUGGAUGAACUACAUUGACCCAAUUGCUUAUGGCUUCGAGAGCUUGAUCGUCAAUGAGUUCCACGGUCGCAAUUUCCCCUGUCUGCCUAAAUCUUUCAUCCCGGUGGGACCCUCAUACAUGGAUGUCGACCCACUUAGCAAGAUCUGCUCGGCAAAAGGAGCCGUCGCUGGCCAGAACUUCAUUUCCGGCGAGGACUACUACACUGCAAGCUUUGAGUACUCCAACAGCCAUAAGUGGAGGAACCUGGGAAUUAUGUUUGCGUUCAUGAUCUUCUUCAUGGCUACCUAUCUCAUCGGCACUGAGUACAUCUCCGAGUCAAAGUCCAAGGGUGAGGUUCUGCUUUUUCGUCGCGGUCACGCCCCCAAGCACUCUAGCAACUCCGAGGAUGACGUCGAGCAGACUCAGUCCGUGUCCGCUGCCGAAAAGAAGGAUGGCGCUAGCUCCAAUGGCGAAGAAACGACUGCCGCUAUCCAGAGACAAACUGCUAUCUUCCAAUGGCAAGACGUCUGUUACGAUAUCCACAUCAAGAAAGAGGAACGCCGCAUUCUCGACCACGUUGAUGGCUGGGUUAAGCCUGGUACCUGCACUGCUCUCAUGGGGGUUUCUGGAGCCGGUAAAACCACUCUUUUGGAUGUGCUUGCCACGCGUGUGACAAUGGGUGUUGUUUCUGGUGAAAUGUUGGUUGAUGGUCGUCCUCGCGACCAAUCUUUCCAGCGAAAGACUGGCUACGUCCAACAACAGGAUCUGCAUCUCCAUACUACCACCGUCCGCGAGGCACUCCGAUUCAGUGCUGUUCUCCGUCAACCGCGUCACGUUCCACACCAGGAGAAACUCGACUACGUUGAGGAAGUGAUCAAACUGCUUGGAAUGGAACACUAUGCGGAUGCCAUUGUCGGUGUUCCUGGUGAAGGUCUCAACGUCGAACAGCGUAAGCGACUCACUAUCGGUGUCGAGCUAGCUGCCAAGCCGCAGCUGCUUCUCUUCCUAGACGAGCCCACUUCCGGUCUUGAUAGUCAGACGUCUUGGUCUAUCUUAGAUCUUAUUGACACCUUGACCAAGCACGGUCAGGCUAUUCUCUGCACUAUUCACCAGCCCUCUGCCAUGCUCUUCCAGCGGUUUGAUCGUCUCUUGUUCCUCGCUAAGGGUGGUAGAACCGUCUAUUUCGGAGAAAUCGGCGAAAAGUCCUCGACGCUUUCUAGCUACUUCGAACGAAACGGUGCACCUAAGCUUUCUUCCGACGCCAACCCUGCCGAGUGGAUGCUUGAGGUAAUUGGAGCUGCCCCAGGAACCCACAGCGAGAUUGACUGGCCUGCUGUGUGGCGCGAUAGCCCUGAGCGCCAGGAGGUCCACAAUCACCUUGCUGAGCUCAAGUCCAACCUUUCUCUGAAGCCCGUUGCCACAAACGAUAACGACCCAACCGGAUUUAACGAAUUUGCCGCACCUUUCACUGUCCAACUCUGGGAAUGUCUUGUCCGUGUGUUCAGUCAGUACUGGCGAACUCCAGUCUAUAUCUACUCUAAGAUGGCGCUCUGCACCCUCACAGCGCUUUACGUUGGCUUCUCUUUCUUCCACGCCCAGAACAGUAUACAAGGACUCCAGAACCAGAUGUUCAGUGUCUUCAUGUUGAUGACAGUCUUUGGUAACUUGGUACAACAAAUCAUGCCGCACUUCGUCACCCAGCGCUCCCUUUACGAAGUCCGCGAACGCCCCUCGAAAUCAUACUCUUGGCAAGCCUUUAUGGCGGCAAACAUCAUCGUCGAACUCCCCUGGAACGCCCUCAUGUCCGUCCUCAUCUUCGUCUGCUGGUACUACCCCAUCGGACUUCAACGCAACACCAGUCCCGAUGACCUCCACGAGCGUGGCGCUCUGAUGUGGCUCCUCGUCUUGACCUUCAUGCUCUUCACUUCCACCUUCGCCCACAUGAUGAUUGCCGGCAUCGAGCUCGCAGAAACAGGAGGCAACAUCGCCAACCUGCUCUUCUCCCUUUGUCUGAUCUUCUGUGGUGUCCUCGCCACCCCCGGCACAAUGCCCCGCUUCUGGAUCUUCAUGUAUCGUGUCUCGCCAUUCACCUACCUAGUCUCUGCAAUGCUGUCAACUGGCACAUCCGGCGCCGACGUCACCUGCGAGGCUGUCGAGAUGCUCCACUUUGAGCCCCCUAAGGGCAAGACCUGUGGCGCAUAUAUGCAGGAUUUCAUCGGAACACCCACCCAGCCCGGAAGUGGCGGUUAUCUCCAGGACUACAACGCCACGAGCGACUGCGCUUUCUGCAGUGUCGAUAAAACCGAUACUUUCCUCCUGGGCGUGAGCAGUUCUUACAGCGAUGCGUGGCGCAACUUCGGCCUCAUGUGGGUGUUUAUCAUGUUCAACAUUUGUGCUGCUGUCGGUAUCUACUGGCUUGCUCGUGUGCCCAAGGCACCGCGCAGCAAGAAGACCAAGACUGCUUGA